AUGUCCAAGGGCGAGGAUUGUGAAACGGUCAGUCCGUCUCUAAAGAAGAUGUUCCGCAGUUCUGAUGGAACACUCACUCUACGUUAUAUAAAGGAUUUAAAAGCUCUGGUAGGCCUAGAGCAGCUCCUAAAGUCAGGCAAAUGCAAGUCAAUCUCCUUACUGGAGCCUGAUCAUCCGAGCGUAUUAAAAUACAUACUUUCACUGCUUUCCAUGUCAGAGAAUGUGUUACAUGGUCUGCACCUGGAUUUAUGGUUAUCGGAUUACGAUAACAUCUUGGAAUUGUUCCAAACAGCAAUGAAGGCUCAUGAGAACACGCUUAUAGAGCUUACGCUGAAAUGCCGAUUUCCAUGCUCAUUUAUCGUUCAAAUACUCAAGAUUUUACCAAAAAAUAUCCAAUACCUGGAUUUAUCCGAAAACACGCACCUAGAUUUUACAAUUUUAAACCCUCUGGUAUCAUUUAUUGAAAAUAGCGAGCUUAAGAUGCUGCGAUUGACAAAUACAACAAUAAAGCCACACGUGAGGGAUGAAUUUAUCAAAAUGCUAUAUAAGAUACAAACACCAUUUUCACUUUCUUCCUUAGAAGGAAUAAGCCUAUUGGAUUCUAUUGAGAUUCCAAAGAUUAUAAGAAAUAAUUUGCGAGAAUCUUCGUCCAUAAGUCGUAGGAAACAAAUGAGAUACGCAGAUGUUACAUCGCCCUCCCGCACUGAUGGAAAUGUACAAUUUAUUGACCAUCUACACAACAUACUGUUUAUGAAGAGACUUGUCGGCUCAAAAGUGAGGGUAUGGUGGCCUGCUACGUCUGAUGUGAAUAGAACCUCAUUCUCCGGGCGUUAUUGGCCAGCAAGGGUUGUAAGAGUUAACCCGAUAGAUUUGAUAUUUGUCGUUGAAUAUGACAAUCAGGAGUUGGAUAACGUUCCAUGCAGAUUUAUACAGCCACUAAAUCCAUUCAAAUAUGGAGGUGGCCUCACUAACCUCACACACACAAUAAUGGGAGGCUAUUAUUUUAAUUCCCUAAUGGAAACUCUUAAUGGGAAUUCCCCAAGAAUGAAUCCAAUCGCUGAAAAAGAAACCUCUAAUCACUCAAGGGCCUUGGAGAUUGAUUUGUCUAAUUUACUUCCCAUUUGUACGAGUCCUGCAUUUGGCAGUGAUCUUUCCACAAGAGCAACAAUUACCGGGUUUUCACCAAAAGUGGAUCUGAGUAAUGGAGUUAAGGUGGAGAAUGGUACAUGCACUGUUGACUAUGAGAAGUUUGGGAACAAUAAAACAGAUUUUGUUUCGUCAUUUACAGAGUCGAAUGAUACAGGGGGUGCUGGAGUUACCAAUGGUUACAAGGCAGAAACUUUACCAUCACAAGUUACUUCUCUGAAAGAUGCGGAUUAUUCCCCCUCAAAUUCAUUCUUAUCAAAUAUUUCCAUGUUAUCUGCCAUUUCAGGCGAGGUUUUUUCUUAUGAUACCGCUAUGGAUACGAGCCAAGUAUCCACUAGCUUCAAAAAUGUAAAGCCAGAAGGGAGGGUAACUAUUUCCAAUAUUGAUGCGGAUAAAAAUGGAUCUUUGGAUGGAAAAAUUGCAAUAAAUCAAUCUGGGAAUAUUAUUAACUUUACUUGUUCAAACUGUGGAUUUUUGAACAGAUUGGAUUGCCCAGAGGGUAUGGCACAAGAUAAUGAUCUUUCCUUGGGCCUAAAAGACAUUGUAAAAAUAGACAGGAAUGGUAUUGAAAAUUUUCAAUUAUCUUUAAAUGUAGAAACUCACCUAGGUUAUCAAGAGAAAUAUAGUGGUAAUCUCUUGGUACCUGGCGAUAUUUGUGAGUUUAGAGACCCACUGGAUGCAGAUAGUAACGAUCCUUCUGAUUACAUUGGGAUUGUUAAGGCAAUAAAUAAAACAGAACCACUGUACCAAUGUAUAUGUAUCUACCAGGACAAUGAGGAGGUAGUAAAUGUUGACAGCAACGAUAUUAGGCGUGCUGUUGUUAUCCCAUGGUACAAUUGGUCAUCACUAGCGUUAUCUGUUGAGAGGUACGCAAUAAUAAAGAGAGAUUUCAAUGCAGUGAAUGAGAUUUUAAGCACUCUCUAUACAAAAUUCUUUUACUUGGCGGUUGUGGACCCGAAUAGGCCUUUUAAAACUUAUCCACCAAAUCCCCUAGAAAUGAAGCUACUUAGUCUAGAACAGUUUUCAGCCAAAGUGGAGAACGUUAUACAGAAACACCCAAAGAUUACAAAGACUAUAAAGCAGCAACAACAGGCACCAGACAGGCAAUCUAAGGAACUCUUAAAGAAGCAAAAGGACAAGAUUAAUUCUCUGAUUGAGUUUAAUGAGACUCUUCAGAGGGAGUUACAGCAGGAGAGGAACAAGAAUCUUGAACUUCAGUCAAAGUUUAACUGCAUCCUUUGCUUCGAUACGUACGUUUAUUUUUACUCUUACGUUUUUUCCAGGCAGAUUAAUUGCAUGAUUAAUCCAUGUGGUCACUUUAGUUUCUGUCACGAUUGCGCGAAACAUUUGAAAUUCUGCCCAGUGUGUCGCCACAAGAUUACAAAGCUGCGUAUCCUAAACAUUAAUUAG